AUGCAACCCUCCUGUGGAAUGAUUUUCAUUUUUCUGCUUGUAAGGCUGCAAUGGAACAAAAGCAAUCCUGAGGGCAGAAAACUAAAUGAAACAAAUAAUGGAAAUAACUCAAUUACAGAUAACAAUCAGUCUACAGUGCAACCAACUCCACAGAGUUUUUUCCUGCCUGUGACUACUGCCAUAAAUCCUUCCACCAUCAGUCAUGCUGCACCAACAACUGCCAAUGCCAAAAAAAAUGUAACAAAAAGAACAGAGAUGAGCAGUCAUCCAAAUAGCACACACCCAAGGUCCACUGACGGCACCACUUUACCUUCAAAUGUCACUAUGGUAGCAAAAGAUGGAAUAAAUAACUCUGCCACAAACUUCAACAGAAUCCCAACGUCUUUAGUGACAUUUACAAGAAUGGAUGACUUUUCUGGAGUGACCAAAAGUGCUGCAGCUACUUCUGCUUCCACCGUGACACCAAGAAACUCCACAGUCACCUACAGCACCCCUUCAGCUGCAGCACUCCCCAGUGAUAACUCUGCAAUUAACCCCACCGCGUUGUUCCCCACCGGUAUCACUCUGACAUCACCCUCGGUGAAGCAGAACAGUCCUACACUGAACUUCAACUCGAUUCAGCAGACAACGGAGCUGAAUCAUAAUUUCAGCAACCCUUCCACUGCAUCUUCUAAUUCAAAAGAUGGCAAUGAAGACAAAACCAACAAAGGAGGAGUAAUAGUUGGUGUCAUUGUGGGAACCAUUUUGGGAUCUAUAUUAAUUGCUCUGAUUGGAUAUUUUAUAUGUGGUAAGAAAAGGUCUGAGUCAUUUUCCCACAGACGGUUUUACGAUGAUACAAGGAAUGACCCAGUUCUCCACUUAGACAGCUCACUUGGACCAUACGAUACGAGCUUUGGAUGUGCGUCAGAUGACAAAACCAGCACAGCAGACAAAGCAGAGGAAGACACCGCAGGGUGCCCAUCCGAUGGCAUUCCUAUGGCUGACAUGACACCAUCCCACCCUUCACUUGUGGAGACUGUGGACCAUGCCGUUGGAGUUAUCUCACUAAUUGGCUGUGACCGUUGCAGUGAGGGUUUAUUUGAUAG